UAAUUGACUCCCCCAUUAUCUCAAAUGGCAGCAAAUAUGUGGGUCUUGUUGCUUCUUGUAGCUGUUGCCUCUGCUUCUCCAGAAGCUUCAGUUCACAAAUUUCAUGGGGAUAAGGUUUUUCGUGUAACACCUCAGAAUGAAGAACAGGUUGAAGUCCUCCAUUACCUGGCCGACAAUAUUCAGGUUGAUUUCUGGCGCCCAGACUCUGUUGACCAAGUGAAAACAGAAACAACAGUUGACUUCCGAGUUGAAGCGGACAAAUGUUCUGAAGUCGAGAGCCUCCUUCAACUGAGUGCACUGGACUACAAAGUUUUGAUUGACAACCUUCAGGCUGUACUUGAUGGGCAGUUUGACAGUCAUAUCCGGGCAACUGGACAUCAGUAUGAAAAAUAUAACAAUUGGGAAACGAUAGAGGCUUGGAUCAAAAAUAUUGCAAAGGAGAACCCAGAUCUUGUCUCCCUGUCACAGAUAGGAACAACCUAUGAGGGACGCUCAAUGCACCUCCUGAAGUUGGGGAAGCCCGGUGUGAAUAAAAAAGCCAUCUUUAUGGAUUGUGGCUUCCAUGCUAGAGAAUGGAUCUCACCUGCAUUCUGCCAGUGGUUCGUGAGAGAGGCUGUUCGCACCUAUGGGAAGGAAACUAUCAUGACUCAGAUUCUGGACAACUUGGAUUUCUAUGUGUUGCCUGUCUUGAAUAUUGAUGGCUAUGUCUACACUUGGACUAAGUCUCGCAUGUGGAGGAAGACUCGUUCUCUAAAUCCCGGCAGUAGUUGCAUUGGUACUGAUCCUAACAGAAACUUUAACGCCAAAUGGUGCACUCUUGGGGCUUCAAAAAGGCCAUGUGAUGAGACAUAUUGCGGCAGUGCCCCCGAAUCAGAGAAAGAGACCAAAGCCUUGGCUGAUUUCAUUCGUCAGAACCUCUCGACCAUCAGGGCUUACUUGACCGUUCAUUCCUAUUCCCAACUGCUGCUGUAUCCAUAUUCUUAUUCAUAUGAGGUAGCAAAGAACAACGUGGAGUUGAAUCGCCUUGCUAAAGAAACUGUUAAAGAGCUGGCUACGUUGCAUGGCACAGAAUACACAUAUGGGCCAGGAGCUUCCACUAUCUACCCUGCUGCUGGUGGUUCUGAUGACUGGGCUUAUGAUGAGGGCAUCAAGUAUUCCUUCACUUUUGAACUUCGGGACACAGGCCGAUACGGCUUUGCUCUUCCUGAAUCUCAGAUAAAGCCAACUUGUGAAGAAACUCUGAUUGCUGUUAAACAUAUCGCCAUGUAUGUCCUUGAGCAUCUGUACUAAAAUAGCAUUCCAGAACCAUUAAAGAAAGCUUGACGCAUCA